AUGGCCAGCGAAAUCGACAUCUACAACCAAUACCCGAUCUACAUGGAUCCCGCCACGAAGGCCCUCUCCCUCCAAGCCAACAACCUCCCACCUAGCCAAGCAACCACCAUAGCCAACGAACUAAAAGAACUCAACGCCCUGCACCGCUCCCUCCUCACCCUUGAAACAGCCAACAUCCCCCCACCCCCAUUGCCACUGAACCCCAAGCUCAGCGCCCAAAUCAGCAAGCUACGCGACAGCGCCAACACAGCCUACCGCAAAACCAACUACGAUGAAGCCCUGACGCUGUACAAAUACGCGAUCGACAUGGCUCUUGCCCGGCCCGGCUGGGAACCUGUUGCUGUGGCGCGCGACGAGCUGGCGGGCUUGUAUGCGAAUCGUGCGCAGGCGUACAUGGCUAAGCAGGCUUGGCCGGAGGCGUUAGUUGAUGCUAAAGCGAGUGUGGAUUCGAAGCCUGUGGGGAACGUCAAGGCUUGGUGGCGGAUUGCUAAGAGUUUGGCAGAGAUGGGGAGGUAUGAGGAGGCUAGGAGGUUUUUGCAGAAGAGUAUUGAUAUUGAGGGGAGGGAGAGUGAGGGUGGGAAGGAGUUGUUGGGUUUGUUGGACGAGGUUGAGAGAGCUUUGGUGAAGGCUUGA